AUGCUUCGUUUCGGUAGAACAUUUCGCCUACCGAUAAAGUCUACGUUUGCUGCACGAUUGAACUCUUCUUUGGCAGAUUCUUCGAACAAUUUUGCUGAACUUGUGGAUAGAAAGAGUCCUGAUUCUAGGAGCACAUUUGGGUUUGUUGUUGACGGCACACAACAGGAUAAUGUUCGAGUUGUUGAACGAGAUGAACUGCUUAAUAAUUCAGUGAAGGGGGAGUAUAGAGAUAAAAUGGGAAAUCUUUUGCAAGGACUCAAUGCUGAAGAAGCCAGACUCUUACCCCAAACGCUAGAAGGAAGGGCCUUCAGGCAACAAAUCCAACUAUCGCACACGGUGACAGAGGCGAUACAGCAUAAUAUUAUGUCUUUACAUAUACCCAAUAAUUUGCGUAGGGCAGCUUCGAAGUAUUUUGUGGAACUUUACGAACGUUCGCUUCAUAGACCAACAUCGUCAAAUAUGGAAGUAGACUCUCACAUCGCCUCUAUUUUUGUUCAGAACUACGCAGCCAUCUAUCAAUCUUUGUCUGAGCUUAAGAAGAGAGUCGGAAAGGACUUUAAUCCGCAGAGAGUAUUAGAUGUUGGCUAUGGUCCAGCUACUGGUAUCGUAGCGUUGAACGAUUUGAUGGGGAAAGAGUACAGACCUAAAGUCAAAGAGGCAACUAUUAUUGGUCAUUUAGAGAUGCAAAAGAGAGCCAAAUUAAUAUUGAGCAGACAGUUGAACGAAAUUCCUGACGAUUUACUUUACGCAGAGGAAAAGUCGUACACCGACCCCCCUAAGAAAGAUACUGAAGAGGAAGUUGAGGAAGAAGAGGAGGCUGAUAAUAUCGACGCGCAAGAUGAAAUGCUUGGAGAGGUAGCAACGAAAAGUAUCCGUAUUAAUACCAGACUACGUAAAGACGUGCCUGGUUCUAACGAAUAUGACUUAAUAAUAUUAACGCAUCAACUUUUGAGACAUGAAGAAAGAUUCCCCGCGCAGAUUGACGACAAUUUGGAUCACUACUUGAAACUUCUUUCACCAAAGGGACACCUUGUGAUUAUAGAAAGAGGGAAUCCAAUGGGAUUUGAGAUUAUUGCAAGGGCAAGACAGUUUAUGAUUAGACCUGAGAACUAUCCUGAUGAACAUGGCAAGAUUCCAAGGCCGUGGAACAGAGGUAAUAAGAUGAUGGGGAGAGCCAGCUAUCGUUCGGUGCCCGUGGAAAAUGAAGAACCAACCAUUGAAAGUUUGAACUUGGAUGAUGAAGAAUAUCUCGAACUUGCUCAAAGCUUGGAUUCCAAAUACGGGCCUGUGAAAGCAGAAGACUUGGAAUUUGAAGAGGACCUUCUAAAGUCAAUGGAAACAGAAGAAGAACCAAAUGAGGAAAAUUACCAUAUCAAAAUCAUUGCUCCAUGUGCCCACCACAGGAAAUGCCCACUCCAAAUUGGUAAACCUCAUUACUACGACCUUUCAGAAGGCUCAAAGUUGAAUUUCUGUAACUUCCAAAAGACUGUGCUAAGACCCAAAUUUACCAUUGAACUAAAGAAAGGUAAGAUCUUAGCCACUCCAUGGCAAACUCCUACUGAUGGUAUCGGGAUAAAGGGUAAGUCGUCUGCUGGUUCAGGAAGAAAAAAUGGUAGAGGAUUUGAAAUUGUUAAUUACUCAUAUUUGAUCGCUGAAAGAUCAGCGAAAGAUCGUGAAACAAGCCAAUCUAUUAAAGCAGAAAGAGAGGAGAACAAGACCAAAUACGACAUUGGUUCAUUAGGCGACAAUACAGCCAAUACAUGGCCUAGAAUUAUUAAACAACCUAUUAAGAGGAAAGGACAUGUGACCCUUGACCUAUGUGCGCCUUCAGGUAAUUUCGAAAAAUGGACUGUACCAAGAUCUUUAGACAAAAACAUCUAUCAUGAUGCCAGAAAGGCACAGAAAGGUGACUUAUGGGCGCUUGAGGCCAAAACAAAAAUUCAAGGUGGAGGUGCUUUGAAUGUGAAAAAGCUCGAAAAGUUACACAAAGAAGAAAUCAAAAAGAUGAAGAACGCGGUGAAGGUCAAGUCCCGGGAAUUGAAGGACAUAGCCAACCAAUUGGAUCAAGAAAAGGAAGAUUUAGAUCCUCAGUCAGCUGUUGAUGCGCUAGCUAAAUUCCAUCAACACAACUUCCAUUUAGAAAAUGCAAAGAAGGAGAAGAAAUAUGCCAACCGGAAAUUGGCAGUCGAUGAAUACUAA